AUGGCUCGUGCCGCCGUACUCUUCGUCACGCUGCUGUCGUGCCUGGCCGCGACGCAGGGAACCCUCACCCUGAAGCAGAUCCUUAACGACUCUCGCUUCACAGCCUACGUGAACCAGCUCCUCACCACCACCUGCACGGCCUCCCUGCCCGCCCUUUCCACUGCCGUGGAUAACUGCCAGAACCUUGUGGACAUCGUUGUGGACGUCGCCGGGGGGUCCAAGACCGCACCUACCACCUGCGACCCUGCCUGCGCGUCCAGCCUGAGCGCUCUCCCCGAAACUUGCUCCACCUCCCUGAAGACGAUCUUCACCACCACCGAUGCCACCGUGGGGCCCCUUGCUUCGACCUUCUUCGCCAACUCCUCUUCCCCAAGCCCCAGCGAGAGCCCCUCUGAUGCUCCUGAGCCAUCUUACGCCCCCGAGCCUUCCACCAAGCCCUCUCCUCCCUCCGUGCCCGUGACCUCCGUCCCCCCACCCCCCAAGAGCUCUGCGCUCGCCUCCGCCCCCGUGCUCGCUGUCGUGACUCUUGCUGCCAUCGCUGCCAGCCUGUUCUGA